GACACCUUUCCAAUGAGCGGAACAUAAGUUAUAUAGUCCAAUCUUCUAAGUUCUAAUCAUGCCCAAAUAUGAGUUUCUGCCAGUACUGCAUCCAAGGCAUACGCCACGAGGGUGAGCCUGAAGGAACACUCGAGACCAUCGGCGGUGUUGCUUGCUACAUCACCACACCUAUUGUCGACUAUGCCAAGGGCAAAGCGAUCCUCUUCCUACCAGACGCCUUCGGUAUCGAGCUCAUCAAUUCCAAGCUCCUAGCUGACGAGUUUGCGAAAAAUGGCUUCAAGGCUCUAACUCAUGCCCAUGUCCACUCACAGGAUAAAACAUUCAACUUCAGGGGGUGGCUUGCCACCCAUGGCACCGAGGUGACCCUCCUGCCCCUCAACAAGAUCAUCGCCGCGCUUAUAGAGGAAUGCGUCACCAGGUUCGGGGCCAUUGGUUACUGCUUCGGCGGUAGAUACACAUUUGACCUUGCGUUCGACAAAGUCAUCCAAUGCGCCGUCGUCACUCACUCCUCGCUCUUGGAAGUCCCUAAAGACCUCGAGGUGACCCCUAUCCUUCUUACAGGAUUCCCCCACUGA